GAGUCUGCAAUCUGGCAGUUCUGGUUAGAAUUGGUUAGAAUGGUUAGAACUUCGAUUUUCUUUAGCGUUCUUUAAUAAUACGAUCUGGUCAGAUCUUGGUAGAGGAUUGUGUCAGUGUUAUAGUCUUUUUGAAGAAAGAGAGAGAGAGAGAGUUAUAUUAUUACAUAAAAAAAUAAAACAGUAUAUUGUGUAACAAAAUAAUCAUAUAAAAUAAGAUGUCUGAAGACGAAGUAGAAAGCUUUGAAAUUACCGAUUAUGAUUUAGACAACGAAUUUAACAUUGGUCGUCCCCGACGCAAGCUUUCGAAGAAGCAACAAAUGCUAGUAACACUCUUCUCCGAUUUGAACAUAGGAAUAUGGGCAGAUGACAGCGAUGAAGAUGAAUUAUCUGCCAGACCAUCUUUCAAGACUUUCAACAAGGGUCCUAAAAAUUAUACAGCGCCGGUCAAUUUUGUUGCUGGUGGUAUCCAACAAGCAGGGAAACCAAAAGAUAAGGAAGAUAAUGAUGAUCAGGAAGAUGAAGAAGAGACACGGGAAUCUCAAACAAAGCAUUACAGUGAUUCUAGUUCAGAAGAUGAAAGACCAAAUAAUUCGAAAUCACGUCCAUCUUUCUCUUUGAAGUUAGACAGCGAUAUCGCAGGUUUGCGUAAAAAACGCAAUCAAGUAAAUCCAUUAUUAAUAAAAGGUGGAAUGGGUAGUUGGGAAGUACAUACAAAGGGUAUUGGUGCUAAAUUGUUAUUACAGAUGGGAUUUGAACCUGGCAAAGGUUUGGGUAAACAGCUACAAGGAAUAAGCACCCCGGUGGAAGCACAUCUCAGGAAGGGAAGAGGUGCAAUUGGUGCAUACGGUCCAGAAAAGGUACCAAAAAUUCCAGAAAAAAAGAAAGAUGAUGAUGGAGAAGAAACAAAAGAACUCAAGUCCAAAGUAUCUCAAUGGCGAAAGGGCGAUAAUAGCAAUAAAAAAAAAGUUAGAUACUGUUAUAGAAGUGUGGAUCAAGUUUUGGAAGAUGGAAAGUUGAAACCAAAUAGAAAGCUCCCAGUAUCUAGUGAUAUAAGCAGAGUUAAAGUUAUCGACAUGACAGGGCCAGAACAGAGAAUUCUUAGUGGGUAUCACGCAAUAGCUGGUGGUCAGCAAUGUCCCGAUGAGACUGUAACUACAUCUGAUAAAAAAUCUAAGGUGAAUUUUGCUCUGCCUGAAUUGCAGCAUAAUUUAAGUUUACUCGUGGAUAUGUGCGAGCAAGAUAUUAUACAAAACGAUCGACGAAUGAGGCAUUUACAUGACAGAGUAAUCGCUUUAGAAGCGGAAAAGAAGAAUUUAUCGAAAGUCGUGGAUCAACAUGGCCAAUCAAUUGAUAUCUUAGAUAAUGUGGUCGUGAUUGUGAACAAGUUAAUAAAUGAAACGAAUGAAUUAUCCCUGCAAGAAACUGCGGAAGCUUUUAAAAAUUUGCAAGACAAUUAUUAUGAGGAGUAUAAAAUGUACGAACUUGGUGAAUUGGCUAGUAGUUUUGUAGCGCCAAAAAUAAAAGAUUGCUUGCUUAGUUGGAAUCCACUCUUGCAACCAAAACAACCGAUCAAAUUAUUUGAACAGUGGAAGUGUAUUUUGGAGAAUGGAACUAGUAAUACUACACUUCAAACACGAACUAUGCACCCAUACGAUCAAUUAGUGUGGAAUGCAUGGAUGCCAUCAAUUAGAGGAGCCAUACAGCAGUGGACGUGUAGACAGCCUGAUCCUCUGAUUGAACUAAUAGAACAUUGGAUGCCAUUAUUGCCCAACUGGAUCUUAGAAAAUAUUUUAGAUGUAUUAGUUUUGCCAAAAUUGACAUUGGAGGUGGAGGAAUGGAAUCCUCUUACAGAUACUGUACCCAUCCAUACAUGGAUUCAUCCUUGGUUGCCAUUAUUACGAAAUCGUUUGGAUAAUUCAAUUUAUCCAAUAAUACGCAGAAAGCUUGGAUCUGCAUUAGGAAGUUGGCAUCCAUCGGAUAGAUCUGCUAGAUUAAUGCUGCAACCUUGGGCAGAAGUAUUUACCAAGGGAGAUAUGGAAGCAUUUUUAGUCAAGAACAUUGUACCAAAAUUGCGAACAGCCUUAACACAAUUUGUCAUAUAUCCACAUCAACAACAUAUGGAUCCAUGGAAUUCGGUGUACGAGUGGAAGGAAUUGAUUCCUGUUCAUAUCAUGGCAGGCUUGCUCAACAAAUUCUUUUUUCCAAAGUGGUUGCAAACUUUGGCACUGUGGCUCGAUCAUUCGCCGAAUUACGAUCAAAUUAUAAACUGGUUUAUGGGUUGGAAAAGCAUGUUGAGCGAUAAGUUACUGGCAGAACCAGUAAUAAAAGACUAUUUCAACAAGGCAUUGGACAUGAUAGAGAGAGCCGCCAGCGCGUCACAAAAUCAUCAACCUGGCGUGCUGGAACAUAUAUCGUAUUUAACGAGUCUAGAGAGAACUCAGCCGACAAUGUCGUCAAUGCCAUCAAUCGCGCAGCCGAGGAUGGAGAGAUUCGUAGAGGCAGGGCAAACAAUGGCACAAAAUUCGAAAAAUUUCAAAGAUAUUGUACAAGAGAAAUGUGAAAAGAGGGGUAUAUUAUUUAUGAAAAUACCGAAUAGAUAUAAAGAAGGCAAGCAAGUAUACAAAGUGGGCAACAUUCAGGCGUAUAUCGACGGUAAUUUGUUGUUUGUUUGUCAUAAUGGUACAAAUUGGAUACCGACGCCUUUAAAUGCCUUGCUAGAUAUGUCCGAAGGAUAAUAGAUUUGAUGUAACGUAAUAAAAUGGUGAAUUUGACGUGUAUAUGUAAAUAUGUAUAUAUAUAUAUUGGAGAAAUUGAUUGUUAUGUUAUUAUUUUAUAUUGAUCCACAUAUUCAUGAUGUAUAUUUAAGUCUAAUUAUACUGCGAUUAGUAUCUCACUUUUGUGUGUGUGAUGCUACCAAAGCUGGUACAAGAAUACAUAACAUAGGCAAAACUAUUGACAAGCCAGUAUUUUUAUGUACUUGGCGUCGCGACGCUACCGUGUCGUUUGAUAACAAUGCAUAAUAAUAAUUAUAAGAUUAUAUAAUAUUUUGACACGUAUAUUUUUCACUUUAUUUUUUAUAUUGUAGAAUCAACUACUUUAUAUGAAAUCAUGACAUAUAUUCCAAUAUUAAACUUUCAAAUAAUUUUUUUUUUUCGUGUAUAUAUUAUCGACUUCUGUU